GCGGAAAGGCUGCGGCGGCGGCCAAGAAGCCAUGGCCCGGGCCCCGCUCCUCCUCCUCCUCCUCCUGGCGGGCUCCGCCGGGGCCGCGCAGCCGGGGGAGCGGAGGGGCUCCGGCGCGGAGGGCGGUGGACAGCGGAGGCGGCGGGAGGCUCCCCCGGCGGAGCCCUGGCUCUCAGACCAGGGCUUGGUCUCGGAGUAUUUCUCGCAGGGCUCCCAGAGGCUCUCCUCCUUCAGCUGGUAUGGCAACGCCAAAGUCUUCCGCUUCCGCGUCCCGGAGGACACGGUCCUGCUCCGAUGGCUCCUGCAGGUCUCCCGCGGAAGGAGCCCCGCCUGCGGCCCCGCUCAGGUCUCGGUCCACAUCCGCCACGGAGCCCCGCCGGUCAUCAACCCGCUGGGCACCCAGUUCCCCGCCAACAUGAGCCUGCGCCUCUCCUACAACCUGACGCUGACCCUGGCAUCCGCCCUCCAGAACAGCACCUUCCUCAACCUCACCAGCCCUGCGGCGGGCGACUGGUUCCUGGCGGCCCACCUGCCGGAGCCCACCGGGAAGAUCGAGGUGCAGGGCAUCUCCACGCCAUGCUCCUACGUCUUCCAGCCAGACAUGUUUGUGCUGCGCAUGGUGGACAUGUCGGUCCUCGAGCCCGGCGUCCCCCUACUUCAAACCAUUGCCUGGCCAACGCAGCUGCUCCACGUCAAGGUCUUUGUCCCCGCGUACAGCGCCACGCUGCGCUUUGAGCUGGGGGGCUGCACCGUGAACAAUUCUGCCGCCUGUGCCCUGCGGGUGACACUGGGCCCCACCACGCUGCCCCACUCCUUCCAGAAGGUGCUCGACUGCCCAGGUGCCUGCAGCCGCCUCCUCGCCUCACCCCCCUGGGAGAAGUGGCUUCUGGUCUCCGUGGAGAGCCUCAGUGGCUCUGGUGCCAGCCUUUCCUUUCAGAUGACCGCCUCCUUCACAGCCUGCAGGCCAGGGGGGCCGGGCUCCUUCCUGAGUUUCUUCCAGAGCCUGAAUCGGAGCCAGGAGGCCUCAGAGUUGGGAGGUGACCCCAGUGCUAUGCUGCCUGCCAGUGCGGGUGCCCAUGAUCCUUCUGCCUCAGGCAGCUCAUGCCUGUGGGGUCAGUCAGUCAUCCGGGAGGACCUGGACGUGGUGUCUGUGCGCUUCCGGGUCCUUGGUGAUGCCAACGUGCCCGUCCAGGCCGAGCCUCCCUCUCUGCUCCUGCUGAACCUCAAUUCAGGCAUGGAUAGUGGAGGGACCCUGGUGCUGAACCUGGCGCUGAACAAGACCUCCCUGGGCAUCGGGAAUGGCACUGUCCGGGCCUGCUUGAGUGCUGCCUCCCCAGUCCUGUCCCCAAAUGCCACGGGGGGAUGUGGGACAGCAUUCUCCCAAGGCUACCAGCUGAACGUGACCAUGUCUUCCAUGGAGGCUUCCCUUGUGGUCCCCUACCCAGAGUCUAGCAACUGGUUCCUUUCCCUCCAGCUUGUUUGCCCCAGAUCUGCGGAGGAAUGCCACAAAGCCAAAGCCCAGGUGGCCGUCCUCGCCUACCUCAGCCCCUGCUUCAAUGACUGUGGGACAUAUGGGCAGUGCAGCCUCAUGAGACGCCAUGGCUACCUCUAUGCCGGUUGCAACUGCAAGGCUGGUUGGAGCGGCUGGAGCUGCACAGAUGGGACCAAAGCCCAGACUCUUGGCGCCCAGACGCUGGCCACUCUCUUGCUGACGCUCAGUAACCUCUUUUUCUUGCCUGCCAUUGUGGUUGCCCUGUAUCGCUACUACCUGGUUGAGGCCUCUGUCUACACCUUCACCAUGUUCUUCUCUGCAUUCUACCAUGCCUGUGACCAGCCUGGUGUUGUGGUCCUCUGCAUCAUGGACUACGACACAGUGCAGUACUGUGACUUCCUGGGCUCCGUUGUCUCCUUUUGGGUGACCAUUCUGUGCAUGGCCCAAAUCAAAACGAUCCUGAAAUAUGUCCUCUGUGUGCUAGGGACCCUGUUCAUUGCGAUGUCUCUGCACCUGGAUCGCAGAGGGGUCUGGAACACGAUGGGGCCCUUCCUUGUCGCCCUCACUCUCAUGACUGUCCUCUGGGUUUCCCGCUGCGUCACCCGGCGCCAUUGCUACCCGCCCUCCUGGAAGCGGUGGGCCUUUUUCCUGCUGCCUGGGACUGGGUUGGCCGUGGUGGCCAUCGUGGUGUAUGCCUUCAUGGAGACCACGGAGAACUACUACUACACGCACAGCCUUUGGCACAUGCUGGUGGCCAGCAGCCUGGUCUUCCUGCUCCCGCCAGGAGACAAGCACCAGGAGCCCUGGGCCUGGUCCCGCAAGCUCCUCUGCCGCUACCAGAUAUGCAAAAACGACCGGGAGGAGCUCUACACGGUGACCUGAGGGCCGCCCAAAGGGGCCCACAGAAGGCUCCCUGGUGCUCUUGCUGCCCUGGGAGGAGCUGUUCCCGGAGGCAUGGAAAGAAGGGCUGCGCUUGUGAGCCUGGCCUUGUUGGGCCCCAGGGCGAGGAGAGCCUGAACACCCAGGAAGGAGGAGAUGAACCCUGGCAGGAGGAGGGCAGGAGCGCCUGGCUGGAGCCUGGCCCUGGAGGAAGGGCCCUGCAGCCUCUGCCCAGGAACCGCCAGCCUGCAGAGAACCCUCCCUCCCGGGGAGGCUGGCCGUUCAGCCUCCGGGCAGCAGAGGCUGGCUCCCAUUGAGUCUCCGGCAAAAGUGGGGCCAGCUGCUCCUCCGCCUGCGGCGGCCCUUGGGCUUCGCGCUUGCCCUUUGGGGCCUCUGCCCAGAUGCCUCCGAGAGCUCCAGCCCGCUCUGCCUGCCGCCUGGGGCGCGCUGGCUGUCUGGCUGCGGAAGGGCUGCUUCUGCAGCCGAAGACCUCAGGAAGAGCUGGCGCUGGGUCUGGCCUUCAUUUCAGAAACGUCUCCGUGGUUCGUUUAGUGCGCCUUUAUCCCAUUAAACCGUUUCGUCCUC